AUGCCUAUGUCGGAUCAAAGUGUGUGUACAGACCCAACCAGCAUGAUUCGGCAAUGUCGAAGUGCUGGCAAGAAAGGAGAUCUUCAUCAAGUUGUCAAAGUUGCAGAUGCAUUUUGCGAGAGAAUACAAGGAGAAAAGGCAAUGUCCAAACGAAGAAAUAAUCAAAUGGCUACAGUUCUUGGUUACAAAGGCUUUGCGCUGGCAAAACAGGGGCUCUACUCGGAGGCAUUAGACUGCUUAGAACAGUCGAAGCUUCAUAGAGACAAUUUGUCAUCGCCAAUUCAUCAAAAUGACCAACGAAGAUCGGAAAGAAAAAUGGUAGAUGCAUGUUUGAAAACGUGUUAUCGACGUCUCGGGAAAGCACCUCCACUUCCAAAGCUGGUGAAAUAUCCAAGAACCACCCAUCUUUUUGACUCUGGCGGAACAGCCACGACAGUCGAUGACCUCGUACUCCCAGAUUUGGACUGUAUCAUUCCAACAUUUUGCGAUGGAAAAUCGACGGUCAUAGUCGAGGAGAAGGUGGACGGCGCCAACCUUGGUCUAUCCCUGUGUCCUUUUUCUGGUCAAAUAAUGGUGCAGAAUCGUAGCCACUACAUCACACAAGGAGAACAUGCACAAUUCUCAAUGAUACCUGUGUGGAUAGGGGAGCAUCGAGAAGCGCUUAUAAGCGUAUUGGGCGAAGGAGACCUCAUCGUUUACGGGGAAUGGCUGGCGGCGAGACACAGUAUCCCAUAUCAAAAGCUCCCAGGCUACUUUGUUGCCUUUGACAUAUAUUGCAAAGCGACUGGAAAGUUCUUUUCACGAGAACGUUUUCACUCUGCUUUGCAAGACACGCAAAUACCAGCUGUUCCAAUAAUUGCCGCAAGAACUUACCAUCCAUCCAAAUCAGACGGUCAGACAGCGGAUCAAUUUCGCAAAGAGCUUCUGGCGCUGCUUGAAACCAAAUCUGAGUUUCGUUUGGAUGGUGGCACGGUGGAAGGAAUCGUCCUGCGAAUUGAUGGUGACAACAUCACCCAGGGCAACGACUCGCACUCAUGGUUGAAACACAAGUUCAAAAUAGUGCGGCCCGAUUUCGUGAGCGGCAUUGGAGGGCACUGGUCAAGGCGGCAGAUAGAAAAACAGCAGGUUGACUUUGAUUUCGCAAACACAUACUUGGAUUCGUGCUAUCCAUUUUCGACAAAGCGAUGA